AACUGAUAGGUUUCCUCCUGCAGUAAUACUGCAUCAAUAGAAAGUUAUCGUUACUGGACUGAUAGAGAUACCCAGUAUAAAUAGAGUUGAUUUAGAGUUAGUUCAGUCUGCGUAGGUUUCCCCUGUGGCAAUUCUGGAUCGCAGUCGACAUUCGCCUAUUUUGAUUUAUUCAUAGCAAUUAGAAGAAUAUAAUUACAGCGGUAAAGCGACAGUCGUAAUUACAAUGAAGAAGUGGAGGAUAUCGAACGAUCAUUAGAACAUGCGGUUGGGAUGAUUAGAAAAUGUUUAUGAAGUGGUUUCGCAUAGUGAAAUAUCUUUCAUUUAGGGGAAACGCAGCCGGAAAAUGGAGUGAAAAAGCAUCAACCGAAACAAUACACAAAUUGCGGACCAGGUGUUUCGUGACGAAAAAAACAAAUCAACCGCCAUCGUAUACAGUAUAUAUAUUGAAGAGCACUUCAAAUACUGUUUACUUACAACGCAGGGAAGUUUUGAGCGUCUCUUUCCCACAGAAAAGAACGCGAAAGCCUAAUCCAAUUCAACGGUCGAAGGCUGAAAGUGUCGAAGAUAUUGCCACCAAGACUGCGUUUGAAAGUGACGAAAAGAAAUCUUCAAAAGAUGGUCAACAUUACAGCAUCUCUGAACUGCAGUACGAACACCUUAACUCAUCCUCAGCACUCUAAAUUAACGGUAGCGAGCCUUAUCAUAAUGGCUGUGGUGAUUUUCAUCGAGAAUAUUACCGUCUGCGCGCUUUUUGCUGCCAACCAGAAGCUUCGUAUAACCACCAACGUGUUUGUGAUAUCCCUUGCCAUCUCCGACCUGUUCGUUGCUGUUCUGUUUGUCCCUGUAUACCUCGCGACGCCCGUCUCCCACCAGGCAAACCUGUAUGUCGUUACCUUUCUACUUUUUACUUCCCUUUUCAACCUCUGUGGGGUGACCUACGAUCGAUACCACGCUAUUCUGCAGCCGUUAACCUACCGAGCUGUCUUCACAUCGUGGCGAAUCGCUUUGCUCCUAUUCGCAAUAUGGUUUCUUCCUAUCCUUCUGAUCCUUCUUCCGGCCACAUGGAGUGGAGAAGAUCUGAAAACGCGCAAAACCAUUGAUCGCGUUUACCUCGGGUUCAUGGUCCUGAUAGUGUUUGCCGCCUGCGCGAUUAUCUCGAAGGUCUACUUCAGCAUUUUUAAAGCAAUUCGACGUCAAUUACGAAUGACGCGAUACGUCAAGGGAAUGUUUGCCCCCUCCGAGAUAUCCUCCAUGACGAGCAUCGAGAAACAAAGUUCUCCCGCAACAACCGUUUCAAGCCUUCGUGCUGAAAGCCCGAGCAUUGCCCAAAGCAGGGCCCUAUGUGAGGAAAACGCUAUCCAGGAAUUCGACGCAACUACUUUUGGCCGCGAGCCAAACGCCCAACCGAAAAGAAACCUGCGUAAGUUGAGAGUGCUUCGUCUGAAAAAAUAUACCGAAAAUGUCUUCAACGAUGUCCGCGCCGUGAAAUUAUUUGCUAUCGUGAUUCUUAUCUUUAUCAUUUGUUGGCUCCCAGCAAUCAUUAUCAACUUUAUGGUAGCGAUCAAUAAACUGGCCUCGAUCCCACAGUUCAUUUUCGAUGUUUCUGUUUACGCGUUUGUCGCAAAUGCCAUGGUCAAUCCCCUGUUGUUUACAUUCUAUAAACGCGAUUAUCGACAAGCGUUGACGGAGAUUAUGGCGUGUUCUACCUGCAAAGACUUACAAAAUAAAUCUGUGAUCAAUUUUGACGCAUUAUUUGUAGUGUCGGCUUAACGUAAAAAAAAGAUUUGUGCAUGCAGAUUUUGAUAUUCACUUUGUGAGGAUGAUAACAGUGUUAUUCCCGCGCUUUUUAAUGCUAGAUUUCCUCUUUAUCUUUAUGGAAUUGAAGAUUCAUUGACAAUUGACAUUAUACUAGACAUGUUAUAAUGUUAUUAAUAAAAAAAU